AUGCCUGCCAAUAACAGCGUCAAGACGGCGCUAUCGCUCAUCGAGAACGACAAGUCCAAAGUUCUAGGCUUAAGCGUCGGCAAGCAUGCCAACGUCGAACCCGGGCUAUAUAUCCCAAAGGCCGACGCUCAAUCAGAGCCAGAAAUCAGCUUCGCAUCGGCGUCGCCCGAGAAAACUUACAUAAUAAUAAAUCUCGAUCUCGACGCUCCGUUCCCGUCAUUCAGCGUGUUAGGUCCGGUGCUCCAUUGGAUCCAGUCGGACUUAAAACCCACGCCAGCAGCCGACGGUAACGGGUUCACCCUCAAGUCUACGACGCCUUUCAUAGUUAAUUACAUUGGUCCUGCGCCGCCGUCGCCAAGCGCGCCACACCGAUAUGCUUUCUUCCUAUACGAGCAGCCUGAGGGCUUCGACGUCAAGAAACAUGCACCGGCCGGCGGGAAGCCUGUCGGGGUUUCGCGCCGCAUGCGCUUCGACUUAGAUGGAUGGGAGAAAGAGCUUAAGCUUGGGCCUGUGCUUGCUGUUAAUUACUUCAAUAGCAAUUAG